CACAUUUGGUAAAAUGUGCCUUCUGCCUGUCAGAUUGCAGUCAUAUUCUACCUUAUAUUAGUCCCAGCUACAGUUUCUUUCAUUCUGAAACUUGGAAUAUUAGAAGGGGAUAUUGCAGUUAAUUGUUUUGGAUAUUCACUUAAGGAAAAUGAAAGCUGCUAAGCCUACCAGUAUUCAGCGCCCAGUUCAAAUCCUUCAUCCUAGCCCACCAAGGGUUAUAAUGGCAGAAACCAAAGAGAGGCUGAGAAUGAUCUCAUACCUGGUUCCCAGCAUUCCCGUGGAGCUGUUUGAGCUGCUGCUGGAAUACCUUGAGGGUGUGACGGGACGCCAGGGCUACCUCAUCUAUGAGUCACGGUGGACUGGGCCUCCCCAGCAACGGGUUGAUCCAUUCACCAGCAACGAAGUAGAUAUUGGUUUAAUGUCUAGUACAGACUACUUGCGACUGGUUAGUAACCAGAACAAGCACAUCAGUUUGUGUGAGGCAGGUGCUGUGUUCAACCACACAAAGAAUACAGAGAGACCAGUCUACUUUGCUGACGUCAUCAUCCAUGCUCGUAACAAGUUGAAGUACAAAGAUAUGCAUGAUUUACGAGGGCACAGUUUAGGGUUUGCUGGUUCCAAGUCAAUUUCCUCCUGCUUGGCUGUCUUAGACUACCUAAAAAAACAAGGAUUUGAUGUAUCUUUUUUUGGGAGCACCUUUGAAUGUGGUUCUCACAUCGGUCUUAUCAACAGUGUUCUUGCUAAUCGCGUUGACGUGGCCUCGGUGGAUUCCAACGCACUGUUCAAUUUCCUAAAAACCAACCCCAGCCACAAAGAUGACUUGCAAGUUAUAACUUCAUUUGGACCUCUGCCCACUUAUCCUAUUGUCUUGAAUUCUAGAAUGCCAGAUGCUCUUAAAACUCAGAUAACGCAAGGCCUACUGGACAUGGCAAAGGAUUCUAACUGGCGAAAGCGUCUUGAGGAGUUUAACAUCAAUGGGUUUGUGCCGAUAGACAGCUCCCUCUAUGUCAUAGAGACUGACUUGGCCUCCAAUAUUGGGAAGCUGAAGAUGAAUGCAACGUAUUAUUGAGCCAAGAUAAGCUGCUCUGUGAUCUUGUGACUAUGGUAGAAUCUGUGGCACAUAAGCAUUUAGCCAAAUAUAUGUAAAAAUCAGUGUUGUGAAAGAUGUAUUAUAGUAUACCAAGCUUGUAUUCAUUUAACACACAGCUGUUUUAAGCAUUUGAAGAAAAUAAUUUUACUUUUUGUGAGAAUGUUAAGACUAAGUUUAAUU